AUGUUAUCUGCCGCAAGUAAUGCUGCAUCUGCGAUACAGUCUUCAAUAAUGGAUACUCUAAAUUCAAGACAAAACUCUGAAACUGUCAUUUCCAACAAUGGCUCUCAAGACGCUUCUGACUCACAGGUAGAUAACUCGAAUCCCCGAGAUUCUAAAUUAUUAACAAAUGGUGAAGAAAAAUCUUCACCAACAAUUAAUUUGGACACUACUGUGGCUAUGGCAGAAAAUCAAGGUGCUCAAGUUGCUCAAGGUGCUGCGUCUUUAACUAUAGAACAGAUUAGCCGCGAUCAAACAGACAAUAAAGAGGCUUUUGAUUAUAAACUUCCAUAUCAGCAGAAAAGAGUAGGGAGUAGUAGCACUAGUGGUACCAGUGGCACUACAGAAGAUAAAUUUGAAACGGUCGAUUUGCCUCCUGCUCAAAUUCCAAAACAUUCUCCAGCCAGUCCAAAGAGACACAAAGAAUUCCAUUCACUCUUCCGAAACGUACCUGAAUAUGAUUAUCUAAUUGAUGACUACAGCUGUGCUCUGCAAAAAGAAAUUCUUGUGCAGGGUCGACUAUACAUUUCAGUAAAUUACGCUUGCUUUAACGCAAACAUAUUUGGCUGGGUGACUAGUCUUGUUAUACCAUUCUCAGAUAUCGUGUCGAUUGAGAAAAGAGUGACAGCAUUCGUUAUUCCCAAUGCGAUUCUAAUCUCAACACUUCAUGCAAAGCACUUUUUCGCAUCAUUUCUUGCACGUGAUACCGUUUAUGAUUUAUUGACAAAUUUGUGGCGACAAAAUAGGCCAACAUUAUCUAGUACUCCCUCCUUUGCUGAAUCUGAAUUUCAAAAUGAUAAGAGUUCCGAAUCUGAAGAGGACGAAGAAGAAGGAGGUGGUACAGAGGAAAGUGAAGUGGACGAAGGUAAACAAAAAAACCGAGCUCUUAAACUUCUACCAAAAUUAUCACUCGAGCCGAUAAAACACGUUCUCGGAGAUCAGCAAUCGAAAGAAAAAGAACGAACACAAGAUAAUUCCGGCCUUUUAUCAGCAUCCAAACAAGAUGACUCGAAAGAUGAGAAAGUCACAGAAACUGGUGGUUUUGGUAGAGAUAAAUCGACAUUUGAUGAUACCAAUCUUUCUGAAUCACAUCUUUCUCCAGAGCCACAUAAAGUGACAAAUACCUACGUAAAACCUGCACCUAGAGCUCGAAAAUCGACAAAAAUCAAUACGAACGUUAAGAAACGUACACAUUCUCCUGUCUUGUGUGACUGUCUUAAGAAUCGAAAACACUACGAUUCGGUAUCUAUGGAUACAAAGUUUACCGGAAGUGUUGAGAAACUAUACAAUCUCAUAUUCACAAGUGGAUUCGUGCGUCGUUUCCUUGUAGAGCAAGAGAAAUGUACCGACGAUAAAUUAACUCGUACUUCAAGUUAUAUUAGGCCACUGACUAAUCCCAUGGGUCCAAAAAGUACAAAAUGUUAUUUAAAGGAUGAAUGCUUACAUCGAGAUUUUGAUAGAUACGUCACAAAUUUCACCAUCACUAAUACUCCCGAUGUACCAUAUGGAAGCUAUUUCAGUGUUAAGACUCGGACGUGUAUCAUGUGGGCUGGGGCGAACGAAACUCGUAUUAUUGUCAGUACUGCUGUGGAAUUUUCGAAAUCAUCAUGGAUCAAAGGCACAAUCGAAAGGGCAGCCCUUGACGGCCAACUGCAGUAUCACAAAAAUCUUGCACUUGCAAUCCGUAAAUAUAUUGCUGCUCAUCCAAAUGAAUUUCAAGAUGAAUGUGGAUCGCCUGUUCGUGAAGUUUGUGAAAUCGAAACACAACCAUCAGAAGCCCAUAAAGGUCGAGAUCAUGAAUCUUUUGAGGAAGAUGGUGAAUUAGGCAUAGAACAAGAGGCGCCCACGAAUCUAGGCCAAGCUUUUGUUGAUUUAUUCAAUGCCCUCACAGCAAUCUUUUCAUCAAUAUUUCGGAUUAUUGGCACACCAUCCAAAACUACUUUAAUUGCUUGUGCAUUCGUUUUUAUGGUUGUGACCAAUUUCUAUAAUUGGUUGCGAUUAACGGACCUUACACAUAAGCUGGAAAAUGCACAAUCUGGAUCUUUUGGGUCUAGAUUUGGAUCAUUGAAACCAGAUGAUGUACUUUAUGAGUCACGGAGAUUCCGAGAGUAUGCAUUAAUGUUUGAUGAUCGUGUCAAUUCGGAAGGAGAUCAUCUAUGGGUUUGGGUAGGUGAGAAAGCAAAGAAACAUGGAGAACGUAAAAGUGAUGAAACUAAUACAUCUGAGUCUGACGAAACCUCAUCAACAAUUACUUCUGAUUCCACUCAGUCUUCGUCAGAGAGCAACGAAUCAAAUUCACACUCUGAACACCGUCAAAAACAUAAGACCCACUUUAUGAAUUAUUUUGACCGCUUCAAUGAGAAUUUUGGAGAUCGAGCUUCCUCUUGGUCUUCAAAUUCUCGAAGAUAUCCUUCAGCGUCGUCUGCGCUUCCUAAUCUGAGCGAUCUUUACGGGCAAAUCGAGGAUUUACAGCGUCUUGUUCAUGCUGCUCAAUAUCAUGCCAAUAAACUUGCCGAUAUUGCUGAAGAAGAACGAUCUUAUCUUUUUCAACUCGAGAAAAAUAUGUUGAAAAAUUCUAAUUCGCCAACACCUUCUCCAUCUGCAAAUAAUAAUCAUGAUAAUGAAAUCGAAAAGAUCAGUAGCGAUGAAAAAAUAGAACUAUGA